CCGAAGCUCCAAGGACGAGAGAGAGAGAGAGAAAGAGCCAUGGCAGAUAGUAAGGCUGUAACAAUCCGUACGAGGAAAUUUAUGACAAAUCGUCUUCUUUCUAGGAAGCAAUUUGUAAUCGAUGUUCUCCAUCCAGGAAGACCUAAUGUAUCCAAGGCGGAGUUGAAGGAGAAGCUGGUGAGGAUGUAUGAGGUGAAGGACCAAAAUUCCAUCUUUGUCUUCAAGUUCCGUACCCAUUUUGGAGGCGGAAAAUCAACCGGAUUCGGCCUAAUUUAUGAUACUGUGGAGAAUGCAAAGAAGUAUGAGCCAAAGUACAGGCUGAUCAGGAAUGGACUAGAUACAAAGGUCGAAAAGUCAAGGAAGCAGAUGAAGGAAAGGAAGAAUAGAGCCAAGAAGAUCCGGGGAGUGAAAAAGACCAAGGCAAGUGAUGCUGCGAAGGGUGGAAAGAAGAAGUGAGUUUUAAGUAUAUUUUGGGGGUCCAUGAUGCCUUGGCAGAAAAUUUCUUACUGUCGAUCUCUUCUUCCCUUUUCUUUUCUUUUCUUUUUCUUUUUUGACCAUUUGCUUAAUUUCUUUCUUUUAUCUUAAAUUUUGUUCGGGAAACCUUCAAAUUUUCGGGAAAUUGUGCUCGAGAGUUGUGAGUUUUCUUUGAUUUUUGUAACUUGGCACAGGAGAAAAGUUAAAUUAGCUUCCCAAGAGUUUGAGCUGUGCUUUCAUGUUCUCAUUCUUAUGUAGUGUAGUGUAAGGCGUUGCGUG